UAACUUUGUACAUUGUAAUAUCUCUAAGUAAGAAUGGUGAAGGUUAAGAAAACGUACUAAUAAAAAGGUAAAUGCGUUACAGAUAGGAUAAAUUUCACGUGACACAUAUAUCCUCAAAAUCAAACAACCACUAAUUAUCAAUUAAGCAACUAUAUAUAGAUAUUACACACCCCUAUUAGAUAACAAAUAACUAACUGAUGAUAUGACGACAGAAUUCGUAUUUCCAAAGAUUCACACAUUCCCUCCACUAUACACAGAACAACCCAAUUCCACAAUCCUAUCUAAUCAAUUAGAUUCAUGGUGUCAAAUAAUUCUUCAAUAUUGUGAAUUUUAUAAGAUAACAUCAUUGAAUCGAAAUGGUACACCAAAAUAUAGUCAAAUUGAAUCACUUCUGAUUGAUUCAUUACCACCCAUAUUUGAAAAUAAAUCGAUAAAUCGUUCUACCAAUGAUAACUUUAGAAAUGUUAUUAUUCAUCAUUUAAUCUAUAAAUUGAAGAAAGCUCAAUAUAUUGAUCCUAAGAAACCGGAAUUGGGUAUUUAUGUAUAUUGGAGAUCACUAGUUGAAUGGGGUCAGUUGUUAUACGAUUAUGUUGAUUCAACUGGUCAAUUAGGUACGGUUCUUACCUUGUAUGAAUUAACUAAAUCAGAUGAAAGUGGAUUACCUGAUUCAUUAAAGAAUUUAGACGAGGGAUUAUUGAUAAAAAUAGUUAAAGAUUAUUUAAUAAAGCAAGGAAAAGCUCAAAUAUUAAUGAAUGAAGAUAAUGAAAUUGGAGGAGUAAAGAUCGUGUAAGUAUACGUAUACGUAUAAGUAUAAGUAUAGGUAUAAGUAUAAGUAUAAGUAUAGGUAUAAGUAUA